GUUUCAAAAGUCUCUCCCCCUGACAACUCUCUUUUCAGUUUUUGCUUUUCGCUUUUGAAUCUUCGUUCUUUUGCAGUUUUAUUGCAAUGUCUGGUCGCGGUGGUGGUCGUGGCGGUGGCGGAGGCCGUGGUGGUGGAGGACGUGGUCGGGGACAUGAUUCUGGUCCCGGUCAACCUUCUCAGUCUUUUCCUCGCGGCGGUGGAGGCGGUAGAGGAAGGGGCCGUGACUCUGGAAGGGGACGUGGAUCAUCUGGUCCUCCUGCCUCUUAUACCCCGCCUCAUCCACAGGCGGCUCCUGCUCGGCAACCUCCUCCUCAGGCGGCUCCGGCUCGGCAACCUCCUCAGGCGGCUUCUGCACAUCAACCUCCUCAGGUGAUUCCCUCUCAUCAGCCAUCGUCUAGUGCGGAAUCACUGAGCAAAGAAGUAUCUCAGAAACUUACAUUGUCUCCUGUGGCUGCAACGACGUCGUCUUCUCUUCCUCCGUCGUCGACUAAGGCGAUUAGUUUCCCGAGAAGGCCAGGUUUUGGAACUGUCGGUACAAAAUGCAUGGUUAGAGCGAAUCAUUUUCUGGUAGAUGUUGCUACCAGUGAUCUUCAUCACUACGAUGUUACUAUAACACCAGAGGUAACUUCUAAAAAGGUAAAUAGAGAGAUAAUGAAGGAGCUUUCUACGACAUACAAAGAUUCGCACCUCGGUAAUCGACGUCUUGCCUAUGAUGGAAGGAAGAGCUUUUACACUGCUGGGGCUCUCCCAUUUGAGUCGAAGGAGUUUGUUGUUAACUUACUUGAUACAGAUCGUGGCCAGAGUUCAUCUACUACAGCGAGGAGGGAACGACAAUUUAAGGUAGCAAUCAAACUUGCAUCCAAGCCCGACAUAUAUUUCCUUAAGGAGUUUUUGAGCAGAAGGCAUAUUGAAUGCCCUCAAGAAACUAUUCAAGUACUGGAUGUUGUUCUUAGGGCUGCCCCAUCUGAGAGAUAUAAUGUAGUUGGAAGGUCAUUUUUCCAUCCAUCAUUAGGCUCAAAAGGGGCGCUUGGUAAUGGAAUUGAUUACUGGACAGGAUAUUAUCAGAGUCUUCGACCUACACAGAUGGGUUUAUCACUUAAUAUUGAUGUGUCUGCUCGGUCCUUCUAUGAGCCACUUUUGGUUUCAGAUUUUGUUAUGAAACAUUUCCAACGUCCUCAAAACUUGAAAAGGCCUUUGUCUGAUCAAGAUCGUAUUAAAGUGAAAAAGGCCUUAAAAGGAGUGAAAGUUCAGCUGACUUACAUGAAGUAUCCCAAAACUUCGAAGAUUGUUGGCAUAUCUAGGGAGCCUAUAAGUCAGCUGAUGUUUUCUUUUGAUGAUAAAAGUACAAAAGUUUCUGUUCCCCAGUAUUUCCGUGAGAAAUACAACAUUGUGCUUCAACUUACAUACUUGCCUGCCAUUCAAACUGGAAGUGAUGCUAGACCUGUCUACUUGCCAAUGGAGCUUUGUAGGAUUGUUGAGGGCCAACGAUAUAUAAAAAAGUUGAAUGAACAACAAGUUCGACAAUUGUUGAGAGCAACUUGUCAACGUCCAAAUAUUAGGGAGGAAAAUGUUAGAAAGAUGGUUGAAGUUAAUAAUUUUGAGGCAGAUGAUCUUGUCGGUAAAGAAUUUGGAAUUCAUGUCCACAAAGAUCUCGCUUUGAUUAAUGCAAGAGUUUUACCACCCCCAGUGCUUAAGUACCAUGAUAGUGGAAAAGAACGAAGUGUUAGUCCUGGCUUCGGGUCAUGGAACAUGAUCAAUAAGAAAAUGGUCAAUGGUGGGAGACUGAAUUUCUGGACUUGUGUGAACUUCUCCUCAAAGUAUAUGAAUAUGUCGGAUGACUUUUGUUAUGAGCUUGUGAACAUGUGUAACAGCAAAGGAAUGGUGUUUCGUGAGACUGCAUCAAUCCCAAUCCGAUCAGCUCGAUCGGAUAGGAUUGAACAAACUCUCUUGGAUAUUCACAGAGAGUCUGCUGGCAAGAAUAUGCCACUUCAGUUGUUGGUAGUCAUCCUACCUGAUCAAACUGGCUCCUAUGGAAAAAUCAAGCGAAUUUGUGAGACUGAGCUAGGUAUUGUUUCACAAUGUUGCAAGCCUGAUGUAGCUUCAAAGUUUAGCAAACAAUAUUUUGAAAACCUUGCUCUGAAGAUUAAUGUCAAGGUUGGGGGUAGAAAUACGGUGCUGAUUGAUGCAAUUCAAAAGAGACUUCAGCAUGUGAGCGAUAGGCCUACAAUUAUAUUUGGUGCUGAUGUCACUCAUCCUCAGCCUGGAGAGGAUUCGAGUUCUUCUAUUGCUGCAGUAGUUGCUUCUAUGGACUGGCCUGAAGUAACAAAGUACCGUGGAAUUGUCUCUGCACAGACACAUCGGCAGGAAAUAAUCCAGGACCUCUAUAAAAGAACUGAGGAUCCUCAAAAGGGUAUAGUUCAUGGUGGUAUGAUAAGGGAAUUGCUCAUUGCUUUCAGGAGAUCAACCAAUUUAAAACCUGAGAGGAUUAUUUUCUACAGAGAUGGUGUGAGUGAAGGUCAAUUCAGUCAAGUUUUAUUCGAUGAAAUGGAUUCAAUUCGAAAGGCUUGUUCCUCACUCCAGGAAGGAUAUAUGCCACGAGUUACUUUUGUUGUGGUGCAGAAAAGGCAUCAUACUCGCUUAUUCCCUACUGAUCGCAAUAAAGCUGAUAGGAGUGGCAAUGUCUUACCAGGUACAGUUGUGGAUACAAGCAUUUGUCAUCCCACUGAGUUUGAUUUUUAUCUUAAUAGUCAUGCUGGGAUUCAGGGAACCAGUAAGCCCACCCAUUAUCAUGUCCUAUAUGAUGAAAACGGGUUCACUGCAGACCAUAUGCAACAGCUCACCUACAGUUUAUGUUAUACGUAUGCGAGGUGUACGAAAUCGGUUUCCAUAGUGCCUCCGGCUUAUUAUGCCCAUCUGGCUGCUUUUAGGGCACGGUAUUAUGUGGAGGAAGAGAUGUCGGACAGUGGGUCUACUGGUGGAAGCCGAAAACCGAAGGACAAGAGUUUGGAUGUUCGUCCCCUGCCCAUCAUUAAAGACAACGUGAAGGAAGUGAUGUUCUACUGCUGAGCAGGCUGUGUUUCGUAUUUAUUUUGUUUGGGUUUUUUUUUUCUACAGGAAGGAUUGUUUGAUGGGUUAAAAGCUUGAAACUACACUUCUGGCUUUGUGAAUUAUGAACAAUUUGGUGCAUAGUUUGUGGUUGGUUUAGUUAUGUAUAUUAGCACGUGUCAUGAUGUGCCAGGCCUUUAAAAGAUGGGGAAUGGUUUUGGGGUCA